AUGAUCAAAGCCUACGAGAAUAAUUUUGCUUCUUGGAAAAGAAGUGGCAAUCACAAAGAAUACGCAGAAAAGCUUGCGGAAGGGUUGUCCGUUCAGGCAGCCAAAUUGGCAACUCAGUUCAAAGAAUAUGAUAACUUUGCCAAAAACUCCAAGUGGCUCAUGUAUCUUCAUCGAAAGUUAGAGACCUAUGGCUCGGACCUCUUAGGGAAACUCUGCAGUAAAAUCCCAGAAGAACUCUUCCGCGAAUCAACAAGUGGCUCCACAGCAAUGCCUCCUUGA